AUGGCUCAGCAGGAGGUGAUCCGCAAAGAGACCUUGGGCGUGCAGAAGAAGAAGGGGAUCGAGUCCCGCUUUUUCGUAUUGUUCAAGGACAGGUUAGACUACUUCACCGCAGAGGCCGAUGAGAAGUCGGAGCCACGAGGUCGCUUGACCUUGAACGAGGUGGAAAAGCUGGAGGUUCAGGAGGAUGGCUUUUCUCUGAUCUUGGUCGGAGGUCAAAGCCUGACGCUGAAAACUCCAGAAGCAUCAUUGGAGCCAUGGCUUUCGUCGCUGAAGCCCCUGCUCAAAGCAAGCGACGGCAGUGACAAGGCUAAG